GAAUCGCACUUCUCAUAUUGUGUGCAAUUUCCAAACAUGGCUGGUGAUGGUGACAAAACUCUGGCGAAAGCCGCUGGUAUUCCUGAGGCUGUAUUCGUGGAAGAUGUAGAUAGUUUUAUGCAGAAACCUCAGAAUGAAUCGGCUGAGGUCGUUUUGAAGCGGUUAGAAGAACAGCACCAGAAGUAUAAAUUCAUGGAGAUGAAUUUAUUGCAGAAGAAAAGAAGGUUAAGGGGCCAGAUUCCUGAUAUAAGAACAACUUUAGACAUUGUUAAGCAUCUACAAAGUAAACAGGGUUCCGAGGAUGAGUUGAAAACACAGUUUCUUCUGUCAGACCAAGUGUACGCCAAGGCUUCAAUUCUACCAACGAAGAAAGUUUGUCUGUGGCUUGGGGCUAACGUGAUGCUGGAGUAUGAACUGUCCGAUGCAGAGGCUCUCCUCUCUAAGAACCUGAAAGCAGCUACAGAGAGCCAGACCCAGGUAGACCUGGAUCUAGACUUCCUCAGGGAUCAGUACACUACCACCGAAGUCAAUAUGGCACGUGUCUAUAACUUCGACGUGAAACGGCGGCAGGCAGCAGGAAAAUUGUCAUCAUAGCGACAGGACAGCAUCUGCAUCAGCAAUAUUGUUCUUUCGUUGUAUCGAAGCAGCCAUCUUUUUUUUUUUUUUUUAACUAGAAGUGGAUGUAUCAUAUAAAGUCGCUGAGUUUGGAAAAAUAUGGAGAAUUGAAAGAACUUGCUCUCAUGCAUAUUUCAUGCAUCCUUUGUAUUUAACAGUAGAUAGAUUAUAUAAUUUGACCCUUUAAUUCUCAAUUCAAAAUAGCAAGUAGUGUCGCAGCAAUCAGAAGUUGAUUGAUGGUUCGAGCAAAACAUUUUCAAAGAAUGGCACUUGUGUUUUUUCGAGAUAUACUAGGCAGCUUUACUUUACAGCAGUGAGCUACAUAAUAAGCCUGGGGCAACUGACAGUUUGUCACUUUAAUUCUAAACUUGAUGCCCGGGUCAUUCAAAGGUUACAGACAAGUUCUUUUGAAAGUCCUGGGCCCCCAUCUCAUAAACAGUUGCGAUUGAUCCAAAUCGAUCGCAAGUUUGAUGUCUCCUAUCUCUCACGUACAUAGUUGCGAUUGACGUCAAUCGCAAAUGGGUUGUAAUUAAUCGCAACUGUUUAUAAGACAGGGGCCCUGGUAUGUAUAAUUUGAGUUCAGAUUGAUACAGCUUAGUUUCUCAUUUGGAAAAUGAUGGCAUAGUUUGAUUUUUUUUGAUAGCACCCUGCACAUGUAGCUGUGAUCUUUUUCUGUUGUCCUAGUGCUAUGAAAAGGCCAAAAUUUAUUGUACAGAAUGCUUUCACCCUUAUGUAUCAAGAACAGUACUGAAGCAAUAGGGAUGCAAAGCUUAUGGAAGAUCAUUCCUUUUGGCAACUGUCUGUAGCCUGUUGCUCAUUUUUUUACCAAGCAUGAUGAUCAAGUAACUAGUGUAAAAUAAUCCAUUUGUAUCUGCACUUCUGCGUAACAAUUGUACAUCAACAUUAUUUUAUAUGUAAAUCCCCCAAUGAGGUUACUGCUAAGCAGUAUAACAUUCAAAUGUUGAUGCUUCUCCCUUGUUUGGUUGCGUUUUUUCAAUUUCUUCCAGCCAGUUGAAAAUUCUGGACCAUUCCCCCCCCCCCCUCCCCCUCUCCCCUCUCAAUUUCUCAUCUACCUUUAACCGGUACUUGUUUCGUUAGUCAAUACUUGGUGUAAGUGA